GUUUUGAUCAUCAUGUCAAAUUUGUCAAAGCUUGAGUUUGUGGCACUUGAUAUCUCGGGAAAGAAUUACCUAUCAUGGGUACUUGAUGCUGAAAUUCACCUAGACGCCAAAGGUCUUGGUGCCACUAUUACUCAGGAUAAUACAACAUCGAGUCAGGACAAAGCGAAGGCAAUGAUUUUCCUUCGUCAUCAUCUGGAUGAAGGAUUGAAGGUUGAAUACCUGACAGUGAAAGAUCCACUUGAAUUGUGGACUGGUUUGAAGGAAAGGUAUGACCACAUUAAGCACAAUACCCUUUUAUUGAAAAAUCAUGAAGCCCGUCCCACUGGAACUGCUCCAUUCCCGGAAGCGAAUGUGGUAGCAACACAUGGCCCAACUGAAAGAAGACAAAAUAAUCGGGGCCAUAAUAAUGAGCGUGGGCGUGGCAGGGGCAAGGGACGAUAUAAUAAUCGUCGUGAUGGUGGUCACCAUAAAAGGGAGAACAAUAUGGGUUAUCAAGGCAAUCCUUCAAGGAACAACUGUCAUCGUUGUGGUUUGAAAGGUCACUGGAAAAAUGAAUGUCGGGCGCCUGAACAUUUUGCCAGGCUUUAUCAAAAUUCCUUCAAAAGAAAGACAAAUAGAGGUGGUGCCUCUUCUGCUAAUGCUCGGGUGGAGUCGCACAUGACUUUAAAAAAUGACGAUGAGGCAGGGCCUUCACGAAAAUAUGAUGAUAAUGUUGAAGCUAAUUUGGCUUUGAAAGAUGAUGAUUUUUAUGGGCUUGAUGAUAUUACUCAUUUGGAAGUGAAGACUUCUUUGGCGAUCAAAAUUGAGAUUUGAUCGUUUCA